AUGCUUCGGUUAGCCGUUGCCGUUCUCUUCUGCGUCUCAUUGUCUUCGGCUACUCGACCGAUCAAUGGAACUCAGUGCCACAAAAAUCAGGCGAUAACCCGAAUCACCGUUUUCGAUGACGGUACACUCGAAGCGGAGUGUGGACCGAUUCCGUGCGGAGAAGUAGGACGUCGAUGUAUUCAAGACCAAGCAAGUUGCCGUGCUGACACAGAUGUCUUCUCAGGGAUGCGUUGGGCUCCAAAUGGGCAAAGGUAUCAUGCGAUAACCCGAAUCACCGUUUUCGAUGACGGUACACUCGAAGCGGAGUGUGGACCGAUUCCGUGCGGAGAAGUAGGACGUCGAUGUAUUCAAGACCAAGCAAGUUGCCGUGCUGACACAGAUGUCUUCUCAGGGAUGCGUUGGGCUCCGAAUGGGCAAAGGUAUCAUGUUGAAGGAGCACUUGCUGAUUCUGAGGAAUCAACCGUGAAUCAUUUCAGCGUCUUGCUGAGGUGUUGCACCAUCAAAGUGCCAAACAAGAUCUAUGUUGGCACAGAUCUUGUCACAGCCGGCUCAUACUAUGAGGGUGGAGUCGUCGCUAAAAAGGAUAUGUACUAUCCAAAAGGACGAGAAUAUGACUUCAUCGCCAACGUGCGAACUGAACAAGGUGGAGUACGCGUAUGGGUGUACCGGAUAGCGUGUGGAGAGAACGAUCGUCGUGUGGAAUUCGAACCUAUAGUGGUCGGACAGCAGCGCCAACCUCUGCCUCAGCCUUCCAUCGAGAAGCCAGCAGUGUCAGUUGUUUUAGUGAUUGCACUUACAGACCAGAAUUUUCGUUGCACAUUUCAGUUCAGUUACCAUUACUUUUAG